AUGUUGUUUUCAGCCCUGUUCUUUCGAGACGACCUGUUCCGUGCCCUCAAGAAUAACUUCACAACCUUCGGUCCCAUAACCCUAAGUUGCCAGCACGAGGACGACGCGCUUGCUCUCACCACGAAGAUAUACAAUCACUAUUUAGGAGACUUGGCCAUCGACGAGCAGCACAGAGAAAAAAUCGUGCAGAUGUAUGGCGACUGGCUCUUCAAAGUGCCGCACGACGUCACGACGCAGCUCCUCGCCCGAGACUCCGGCGCCAAAAUCUAUCGCUACGAGUUGAUGCACAGAGCGAAAUACUCCUUUGGGAACGCCAUGACUGAGUCAGCUGGAAAUGACUGGAUCACUCACGCCGACGACCUUCACUACCUGUUCAGCGGCGGUCCGCUCUUCCCCGCCGCCACAGAAGACCUCAUGGACGCAGACGACGUCAAGCUCAGGGACCUCAUAACUACCCUGUGGACCAACUUCGCUGCUACUGGGAACCCGACGCCGGACGACUCCCUGGGCUUCACGUGGGUGGCGGCGACGGAGAGCAGCUUCCGGCACCUCGCCCUCAAGCUCCCGCCCGCGAUGGAGGACGACCAGCGCCAGGAGGUUUGCCAAUUCCUCUCUUCGCUGCCAUCCAGAGUAAACAAGUUGCUACGACCUGAAGGCAGCUUUGCAGAACUCGCGCAGGAAGAAAUGUGACGUCAUCAGCUGCGCCACCAUCGCUUCAUGCACAAAAUUGUCCCAAAGUUGUGAUAAUGUAUACAGUAACGAUCUAACUUAAAAUAAAGUGAAUGGAGGUUAAUACGUUACACUUCCUUUCUGUGGGCUUUGUGGGAUUCCUCUUGCCUAUUCAAAUGACCUGCAACAAAAGCCGAGCUUUAUCUUGACGUCACGGCCACUGAGCCACGGCGGCGACUCCCAAGAUGAGAAAACAUGAAUGGAAUCGCAAGAGCCUGAUCACAUUGCGGUAAAUCCUAGUCGAAAUACACUCGCAGUCGCUGUUGCUAAUGCGUUCUUGCGGGAUAAGCAUUAAAGGUGUUACUAAAGCCUAGAUAGUGCCUAUUCAUUACAUCUCUUGUCAUGAAUGAAUAUGGUCAUGCUCACUGGCCAUGAAUGAAGCGAUGUCUCUUCUCUUUCUUUCUUUAUAGAUCAAGAUCCAUAAUGAAGCAACAAAUAUGCGAAGAAUGUAGAUUAGCGGGAAGGGAGUUUCAAUCUUGCCAAUUCACGCCGCCGCAUCUGCCGAAUCAUUUAUUGAUUAUUGAAAGAUGAGAACCUUUAUAGGUACAUUUCGGACAUCAGUUAAUCUUUAUCUGUGCAAACUCUAAGGCUUAUGUCCUUUGAAAACCUCUUUCGGGCAGACACACACAAAAAAAAC